AUGAAGGCAAUCAUAUCUCCCCAUAACGCCAAUACACUGGGGGGUAGCGCGGGGUGCGAUGCAUACUGCCAGAAGUAUGGCGACGCACCUACCUUCUAUUCUUCAUCCAACGCCAAAGCAGACUACGACAACCGACUCAACGAGAUGCUAAACUACCAGUCACCAAACUUUGGCAAAGCCUGGAAAGAUAUGGAAGAGGUCAUUAUGGCUUUCGACCUCCAGAACGAGCCGCUGAUCGGACAAAUCGACCUGUUGAACGCCAAUGACCCGGACGACUGGUUGUGUGGCCGUGCUGGAGCAUUGCGCAGUGCUCUUGGAUCAUCCAACAUCAAGGUUGCCACAGGUGGUGUCGGCGGCUCUCACUACUGCUGUGACCACGAGUUCAACACGUUGGAGAAGGCUAUGCAGUGCGAUGCCAUCGACAUCAUCAGCAUGCACGGAUACAUGAGCAAGGCGUCCGACUGGGCCUACUACAUCACGGGCGACAGGGAAGUCUUGAGCGGAGCCAGGGCUGCAGGCAAGAACAUCAUGAUGGAAGAGUGGGGUGUCUCGGUCGACUACCAGGACUCUUUCGAUACGCAGGUCCAAGUAUUCAACGACGCUGGAGUUCCUUGGUUGUAUUGGCAGAUCGUCCCUGGCUUAGACGGCUCUGAAGCUGGCGCGCCCACCAGCUGUGGUUACGACAGCUUCGAGAUUGGCUUGGGUAGCUCGAAGGGCGAUGUCGCCGGAGGGAUUGCUGCAGCGAACUCGGCUUCGGCAGCGCAAUCUUGGGCGGGUUAUUUGUGA